CAUUUUAAAACAAACAAACAAAUGUCUAGUUGUCCAGAAAACCAGAAGAAAGCUUUAUUUUUUCCGAUGGCGUUUUAAUUUUUUUCCUUUUUUUAAAGUCUAGAGUGCAGAAACAAACUCUUUUGGCAGCCCAAUACUUCUGUACUCCGCUGCAGCGGAGUGGGGCGUUAGGAGCCAUUGUUCCGGGGAUGUAAGUCGCCUCCCCACCGCGUGCUGGGGUCGCGCUCGUUAAUGAUUUCUGGGCAUGGAGCUCGGCUUCCAACGGAGGAGCCAGUCUGGCGUGGCUGCCUGGGCGAGGUGUGCUGGGACGCGCCACACUCCUUGCUACCGCCAAGGCGUGCGGAAGCAGCACCCGCAAGGCCUGCAGGCUGCGGGGGCUCAGAGGCGGGCCCGGCGAUUGGCCACGGUAGACAGGGAGGCCUGUCGGAGGGGGCGCCUCCUCACCCCCUCCCCCGCCCACGCAGCCGCCCCCUUCCCCGUGAGACGCCUGGCACUCCUGGGAGCACUGGCGGCGCCUGCGCGCUACGCUCCUGCCGCCGCCCCGCUGCCCCCUCCUCCCAGCUCGGCGAGCACCGGGCCUUGCGCGACCCCGUGGACGGGUGCGGGGCUGACGGCAGGACUUCGGACUCCAUAGAAACCUGGGGCGGGUGGGGGACGAGCAGAAGUGCCUGCCGGGACGCCCUCCCCACCCCCGGCUCCUGUCUUGCAGGGAAUCGUGGGGAACGUCUCUGCCGCCCUGCAGAGCCAGCAGGUAUCUUGCAGUGUCAGCUGGAGGAGGCCUGCGCUGGAGUUGACGCCCCCGAUCCUGCCUCCAUCUCAUAGAAUUUCUCACUCCAAGACGUUUCAGUCACAGGGACCUGGGGACGAGAAGGAUAGAGGCAGGGUGUCCUGCAGCGGAACUGAGAAGAACAAAUCUUUCAAGCCACGACCUCCAACGGAAGAGGGAGGGAGAAGAGUUGAGUUUCUACUUAACUUGUUUUAAAAGUGCAGGUGCCUGGGUAGAUGAGCGCAGACUUGGGAGAAUAAUCCCAACACGUCGCAAAUCUGAAGAUCGAAAACAUUUAAUUUUACUCAUGUUUCUGAACCCUAUGGCCAGAGGAAUGUCAGCCCUUACUGACACAUUUAAGAAAAUGUCAUUCUGACCCUUCGGUCCUAAGAAGUGUAGGAUAAAGGAACUCGACUGGGGCGCCCUGUGUUUGGAAUUAUGUCCCCCACCUUUUCCUAGAUGUUCGACCUUGGUUAAAUCAUCCAACUUCUUCCAUGUUGUCAGAGUGCAGAUAAAAAUACCUGCUUCAUAGGGUGGCUGUGCUAUAAAAUGGGCACAGUGACGUCCUGAUGUGGUGGUGGUGGUGUGCUAUUAGCUGUCGAUGAUGGUAUUUUUUAUUGUUCCGAAUUGAGAACCUGCAAAAUGGCCUCGGUUUUGGGGGACGAUACUUUCCAUCCCAGAGCCCCCCUUUGAGGCCUGCCUGGCUCACUCAUCUGCAGCAAAGCCCUCUGGGGAACUUCCCUAACCAGUGUAAUUCAUUCCAGUUCAGCUGUCAAGCAAAGCAGAUGUCCUAUGCCAGGCUCAAAAUCCUUUAGCACAGUUAACAGAAAGAAUGGACCCAGCUGCGUUUCUGAAUUCUCCCUACUGGUUGCCUUUUAAAUCCUCUGUUCCCCAGCCACACCAAAUGUACAUGGUAGAAAUAUGUGUGUUAGGCAUUUACUACAUGAUGGGCAGGGUCUUGUUCCUGUGUUUACAUUCAUAAUAUUGGUCAGUCUUAGACUGGCUUAAAGAUUGCCACGUAUGCAGAUUACAGUAUUGUGGACACCGUCCUCCAUGUGCUGUUCCCUGCCAAAAUGUGAAGGACUUCAAGGUCGGCAUUUUGCAUUUUGACUGCCAGGCUUCACAUUUUCUGUUUUCCCCUCCCCACAGAUGUCAAGGAUUGGAAGUUGAACUUAUGUCCCUGCACCUUUUACAUACCACUGGUUUUCUUUGACUGCACACAGUUCUUCACUAGUCAACCAGUCACAUAUUGUUUCUUCCUUGGAGUAUGGCCUAGAUUCUAAUCCUCACAACUACGGUUGCUCAUCUAGUGCAUCAGCACGGCACAUGGCUUGGGUUCAGACCUCUGUCAGUCUUCUGAUGGAAAGUCAGCCUCUCUGGGCCUCACCUCAUUCAUUAUUCAUUCAUUCAUUCAUUCAUUCACUCACUCAUUCAUUCUGGGUUCCAUGAAAGUAGCAGUGAAUAAAACAAGAGUAACCUGCCUUCCUGAAGUUUACAUUGUAAUGAGCACAGACAAUAGACAAAAUUAAUUAUACAAUAUAUUAGAAAGUGGAAGUGGUAUGAAGAAAAAUAAAGCAAGAAAGGGAAUUCGGAAGUGUGCGAAAUUGGGAGUGUGUAUACCUACCUCAAAAAAGACUGUGAGGAAUAGAAACAACUGAGAUGAUACACAAAAAAAUGUUGGGUGCAAAAUGGGUACUCAAAAAUGAUUUAAAAGACCAGUGUUUCAUUCCUGCAUAAAGCUGACUUGCUGCUGUUGGUGUUCCUGUCCUUCCUGCUAGGCUCCCAGGAAAAACUCACUCAGAAGAUAAGGGUUCUAAUAAUACAAUUGGAAAAACCACAGGCUUCUUUGAUUUUGGAGGCCUGGGUUCCCUUAUAAGGGUAUCAUUCAUGUGUAGAAGGCUUUGUUUAAAGAUUUGAUAACACAGAGGUCAUCUCUGACCUAUUCUCAUAAAUGCAAAAGAAGCACUUUUUAUAGAU